AUGGGCAACCAAUCAGCACGACAGUUAUCAGCCCAUAAGAAACAUGUGAUGCAUUCAUGGAACACCAUCAACACACAUAAUCCGCAACUAAUUAAUGACGCAAUUAGCGAAGCUUGGCUCAAAUCAGCCGAGCUCACGCCCACGUGGGUCUGGGCGCUGGUCGAUCUGCCCGAAACAAUGCACACCACCUACAAAGAGAACGCGCAGUUCCUCAACAUUAUCAAUCAAGUACGGGAUUUUCUACAUCUACUUAUCAAAGUGCACAAAUGCGAUCCGGAGAUGAUAAAGACAUUGGCGUUUCGACUAGGGGCUCGACAUAGACAUUAUAUGAACGAGGGAAACGACAAUUGCUAUUGGGCUCCAUUUGCACAACAAUUACCAAUAGCAAUGAGCAAAAUGUAUAUGCGAGUUGUUAAUGAAGACAGCAAAAUACGCAAGAUCCUUAGAAUUCGUUCACGUGUUGCCGAGAAGAGCGAAGAAGAGGAACUAUGCGAAUCUUGGCGUCAUUUCUCUUGCAUGUUGAUUGAAUCAAUGAAACGUGGUUACGAAGGAUGUGCCAGCGAGAAAACUCCAUUAAGGUUAAGCAUUACUAAUUCGAUCAUUUCAAUGGCUUCGCUUCGUUCCACGCGUUCGCGGUCGGCGUCGCAUUUUCUGGAGCCAAAUCUCUCGCCAGCGAUCGCUCCAAUGUGCGCGCUUCUAGCUUCAUCGCCCUCGGAAACUGAGAAUCCACCGAAAUCGGCGCAACCGCAGCCAACAUCGCCGAUCACCCCAUAUCGCAGGAGAAGCAUGUUCAAAGGCGGAUUGCAGACCGGCAGUCAAGAUUUCACAGCAUUAAGAAAUCGCCGAAUGUCGUCUCCAAACAAUCCCUCAAUUCUCCUUAACAAUUGCGAUAUUCAAUUGCUAAAGCUCACGCAGGUCUCACCCACUAACACGCUUAAUACUCACAACAAGAACAAUAAUAAUAACAAUAAUAAUGGGAGGCCAGUAUCGCGAAUCAAUCAGCAUCGCAGAUCGAUAACACUGCUGAACUUUGAUCGAACUCGAUCCCCGCCUUCUUGA